AGUAGAGUUACAUCUGUCAGUGUUGAUACAGUAGUUUACCCGAUUGGGCACCAUCUCCACAGUCAACACUGUAAUGUCGAGUCUUCAAUAUGACGGUUUGCCUGUGUCUCAGGCCUCGAAGAGUUUGAGAGUUGUAGAGGAGCGAGGUGACCGCCGCUUCCACUGGCAGUCAGCACUGCUGCUGGAGUCAGUGCGACGGCAGACCUUCGCUGACUGGACGGUCCCGUUCAUCGACCCCGACGAGCUCUCCCAGGUGGGCUUCUUCUACCUGCGAACUGAAGACCACGUGCAGUGCGUGUUCUGCCAGGGCAUCGUGGGUUACUGGGACCCCGGGGACCAACCUCAUGCGGAGCACCGUAAACACUUCCCCAACUGCCCCAUCGUCACUGGGGUCGCUACGGGCAACGUGCCCAGAGCUUCUAAAGACACCAAUGCCGCCAGACUCUACAACUUACUGAGCGAGUACCACGCCUUCAGGAUAGCCAAUACACGCCCACAGCUCACCACCUCUAACUUCCAGACAGACUCUAUGAAGGUUACAGACAGCGGGUGUCUUGCCUUCCCACACCUCAACACAUCGUCUAGUCGCCUUCAGACGUUCAGACGUUGGCCUCAGAGCGUCGGUGUAACUCCUGAGCAGCUGGUGAAAGCUGGCUUCUUCUCCACAGGACUCGCAGACUGGGUACAGUGUUUCCAUUGUGGUGGAGGCCUCUUCGGCUGGAGGCAGGGGGAUGACCCUGUGUCAGACCAUGCUCGCUUCUACCCCUUCUGCAGCUUCAUCAGAAUGUUGCAUGAUGAAGAGACCAUUAACAAGGUUUCAAAGGAGAAUCCAGUGCCUGUCGUCAAGACUCGCCCACUCUCUCUUAGUGAUCAAGAAACUGAACUAUUACUUUUCCAUCCCAUCGCAAAGCGUCUUAUAGGUAUGGGUCUCUCUCACACAUCAGUGAAGGAGUCGCUGAGACAACGUCUAGAGCAGCGAGGUGUUCUGUGUCGUACAGUGACUGAUGCACUCGAGCUGGUGUUUGACUACGAGGAAGACCAGCGUAGGAAAACCGUAGUCAGCUCCACCGUCCAUGAUGACCACCAACUUCCAGCACAGGUAGUGAAGCAAGGAAACGUUGAGACGGUGUCUCCCCCAGCAGCACCGAUGGAGGUAGAGUCGACGUAUUUUUCUUCCAGCGUGUGCUCUCCGGAGAAGCUCAAUCCUCACAUAAACUCGGAUCACACCAGAUUAUUACAAGAAGUGAAGGAGCUGCAAAAAAAGGUAAGAGAGGCGGAGCGUCGGCUGCAGUGUCGGCAGUGUGGGACGGAGAGAGUGGCGGUGGUAUUUCAACCGUGCUCACACCUCCAUUUAUGUUCCAGCUGUGCCAGACCACACGACACCUGUGUCACAUGUGGCACCAUCGUCAGAGGCACACUCAAACCCAUCAUUGGUUAGUCCACACACUGCAGAGACGAAGUACAUGCUAUCUCCAGGGUAACUGUUUGCGGUUACCGUACACAACUUACCUUCAGCGUCUCUAUACACAGAGACAGCACCCAACCUAUUUCCAACGCGCACAUGCGCAACUACUCCACGCAGCCUACCUCCGAAACCUAUAUAUACAGGUACUGCAAACAACCCAUUUCCAACGCCUAAAUAAGGAACUGCACGCAACUUAUCUCCAAUGCCUAUUUGCGCAGGUAUUACAGGCAACCUAUUUCCGACGCAGACAUACGCAUCUGGAACAUAACCUGUCUUCAACGUACAUACGCUUCUACAACUCAACCUAUCUCCAACGUAGAUAUAACCUACAACACACCUUAUCUCCAGUGCAGAUAUACCCUUCUACAACACAACUCAUCUCCAAUGGAGAUAUAUGCUUCUACAAAAUAACUUGUCUCCAACGCAGAUAUACCCUUCUACGACACAGCUUAUCUGCAACGCAGAUAUACGCUUCUACAACACAGCAAUCUAUCUCCAACACAUAUAUCAAGCUACAAUAUUCAACGAAUAAAAAGGCACAAUACCGUGACUGGAACAAUACACAAAUGACCCGCACAUAGGAGAAUGAAACUUACGACGACGUUUCAGUCCGACUUAGACCAUUUAAUCACUGGUCUAAGUCAGACCGAAAUGUCAUCAUAAGUUUCAUUCUCUUAUGUGUGGAUUAUAUGUGUAAAAUACUCAACCUAGCUCCCCUCCUCUCCCCCGAAGCUGGGUCACCUUUUCGUGGUGGGGGGGACUCCGUGUACUGUGCUUGGGUGACACUGUCUCCCAGGCAGCGUUUAUGGACGAAGAGCCCAGUAUAUUCUUUGGUUUAAACGGUUAGGAUAUUUCCUCAUUUGUUAAAAUUUCAGUUCUAUAUCCCCAACGGGUUUAGUGCUUUUUCACAAGUAAAAUACAUGAAACUCAGGUAUGUUGUAUACAGCUAAUACACAAACACUAUCUGCAACGGAUAUACAUUUAUACAGCUUUAGUUUAAUGUGUUUAUUAUGCACCCCAUACCCUUCCUGUGCGCGGUAGUCAAAAGAUUACAGAGGUACAUAAUGGGUCCAGGGACUGGGCCCCUCAAGUUUUCAUAGCUGAAUAAGGUACAAAGGUAAUGAACUCACAAGUUACAAAGGUAAUGAAUAAUGUAAGUAAAACUUACUUACGUUUAUACAUGGUUACAAUCAUGAACAAAUUAUAAAGUAAUGAGCAAUUUACACUUCCACACCCGGUCACAAUUGUAAUGAGUUAUUAGUGCAGAUAUUAACUGUUGGGUCACACACACACACACACACACACACACACACACACACACAGGGCCAGGAGCUAGGACUCGACCCCUGCAACCACAAAUAGGUGAGUACAAAUAGGUGAGUACACAAAUAGGUGAGUACACACACACACGAGCGUACAUACACAUAGGAGAAUAAGGAAAGCAGUCGUAUAGUCAGAAUGAAUAUGCACAGGUAAGAAGGGAGGCCCAAAGACAAUACCAGAGUGACACAGCAGCGAAAGCCAGAUCUGACUCAAAGCUGUUGUACAGCCACAUCAGUAGGAAAACAACAGUUAAGGUCCAGGUAAUCAGGAUGAGGAAGGAAGGAGGGGAGGUCACAAAAAAUGACCGCAAAGUAUUUGAGGAGCUCAACGUGAGAUUCAAAGAAGUGCUCACAGUGGAGACAGAAGUGCCUCCAGAAAGGAAGAGAGGUGGGGCACACUAUCAAGUGUUGGACGCGAUACACACAACCGAGGAAGAAGUGAAGAGGCUGCUAAGCGAGCUAGAUACCUCAAAGGCGAUGGGGCCGGAUAAUAUCUCUCCAUGGGUCCUGAGAGAGGGAGCAGAGGCACUUUGUGUACCACUAACAACUAUCUUCAGCACAUCUAUCGAAACAGGGCGACUCCCUGAAGUAUGGAAGACAGCAAAUGUAGUUUCAGUUUUUAAAAAAGGAGACAGACACGAAGUAUUAAACUACAGACCAGUGUCACUGACGUGUAUAGUAUGCAAGGUCAUGGAGAAGAUUAUCAGGAGAAGAGUGGUGGAGCACCUAGAAAGGAAUGAGCUUAUCAACGACAGUCAGCACGGUUUCAGGGACGGGAAAUCUUGUGUCACGAACAUACUGGAGUUCUCUGACAGGGUGACGGCAGUAAGACAAGAGACAGAGAGGGGUGGGUAGAUUGCAUUUUUUUUGACUGUAAGAAGGUGUUUGACACAGUUUCACACAAGAGAUUAAUGCAAAAGCUGGAGGACUAGGCAGGGAUAACAGGGAAGACACUACAAUAGAUCAGGGAAUACCUGUCAGGAAGAGAACAGCGAGUCAUGGUACGUGGCGAGGUGUCAGAGUGGGCGCCUGUAACGAGUGGGGUGCCACAGGGAUCAGUCCUAGGACAGGUGUUGUUUCUGGUAUUUGUGAACGCCAUGACGGAAGGAAUAGACUCCAAAGUGUCCCUGUUUGCAGAUGAUGUGAAGUUGAUGAGAAGAAUUCAGUCGGACGAGGACCAGGCUGCAGGCCUGGUCCAGCAACUGGCUCCUGGAGUUCAACCCCACCAAGUGCAAAGUCAUGAAGAAGACCACAGACGGAGUACAGUCUAGGGGGCCAGAGACUACAAACCUCACUCAAGAAAAAUGAUCUUGGGGUGAGUAUAACACCGAGCACAUCUCCUGAGGCACACAUCAACCAAAUAACUGCUGCAGCAUACGGGCGCCUGGCAAACCUAAGAACACCCUUCCGACAUCUUAAUAAGGAGUCAUUCAGGAUCCUGUACACUGUGUACGUUAGGCCCAUAUUGGAGUAUGCAGCGCCAGUUUGGAGCCCUCACCUAGCCAAGCAUGUAAGGAAACUAGAGAAAGUGCAAAGGUUUGCAACAAGACUAGUCCCGGAGCUAAGGGGUAAGUCCUACGAGGAGAGGUUAAGGGAAAUCGACCUGACGACACUGGAGGACAGGAGAGAUAGGGGGGAUAUGAUAACGACAUAUAAAAUACUGAGAGGAAUCGACAAGGUGAACAGAAACGGAUGUUCCAGAGAUGGGACACAGCAACAUGGGGUCACAGUUGGAAGUUGAAGACUCAGAUGAACCACAGGGAUGUUAGGAAGUACUUCUUCAGUCACAGAGUUGUCAGGAAGUGGAAUAGUCUGGGAAGUGAUGUAGUGGAGGCAGUAUCCAUACAUAGCUUUAAGAAGAGGUAUGAUAAAGCUCAUGGAGCGGGAAGAGUGACCGAGUAGCGGCCAGUGAAGAGGCCGGGCCAGGAGCUGUGACUCGGCCCCUGCAACCACAACUAGGUGAGUACACGCACACAGAUAUGAGUACACAAAUACACACGUAAACACACACACAAGCAACAUAUACACAUAGACACACACACACACACACACACACACACACACACACACACACACACACACACACACACACACACACACACACACACACACACACACACACACA